CCCUAUCCGACCGCCAGCGCCUCCUCCUCCCGCAUUCCCCUCCCACCCUUUCCGCAUCGCAUCCUCCACGGCCGCCGCCAUCCGCAUCGCUUCCUCCUCGCGCGCCGCCGUCUCCUCCCGCAGGCCAUCUUCUCCCGCCGGCCAUCCAUCCCGGCCGCCGCAUCUACACCCGCUCGUUCCCCUCCCGCAUUUACAUCGCUGCUUGCGCGCCCGCCGCCAUCUCCAUCUCCUUCCGCAUCGCUUCCUCCGCGCCCGCCGCCAACCCCUCCCGCCGGCCAUCUCCUCCCGCCCGCGGUUCGUCGCCUUCCGCCGUGACCUUCCCCUUCCAAACCUUUUCUUCCCCCCUGCUCUAUCCCCACCCCGCGUCCCAGAUCCACCGCAUACACGGGCUCAUGGACGGGCACGGGGACGAUGGACUGCAAGAUCUGUUCCCCGAGGGGGAUCCAGCUUUCCCCGCCCCCGCCUUCGACCUCCUCUCCCAGGCCGAAUCCUCUGGAGUUCCUCGCGAGGGCUUGCAAGCCCUGGAUCUCAACUCCCAGGCCGAAGAUUGGGGCGACUACAGCUCGUACUCCGACCUCCUUCGAGGAGAAGGAGCACCCCGUGGCCGCGGCAGCCGUUCGCUCGGCUUACGCGCGGCUCGCAGUGGAGGUAGAGGAGGCGGCAGCGGCAGCAGAGCUGGGGCCGGUGGCAGCAGAGGAGGGGGCGGCGGCAGCAGAGCAGGCGGCGGCGGCAGCAGAGCUGGGGCCGGCGGCAGCAGAGCAGGCGGCGGCGGUGCAUCUGUGACAAGGCCUCUGUUCGAACCGUCGUUGGCCGACGGUGCUGGUGGCAGCGGCGGCCGCAGCGGAGGCCGAGGGGGCGGCCGCGCAAGGCGGUCUCGCGGUCGUGGAGGUCGAUCCACUGCUGACUACAUCGAACCCUACGAUGUAGAGAAUUGGGUUGAUGUUGACGACGAAGAUGGUGCUCCACAGAAUGUGGAGUCAAUUUUCCCCACCUCCAAGAUAAAUAGAUUCGACAAGGCACAGUGGACAGAACACAAUACUGGUGUCUUGUGUGACUUGUGGGUUGAGCAGAUUAGGUCAGGCAACUGUCCAAAAGGAUCAAUUACUUCAAGGGGUUUGAGGAUAGUAGCUGAUAAGUACCAGAUGGCCACUGGGCUGAAACAUCAACAUUCCCAGAUCAGGAACAGGAUCAAUCAAUUGAAAACAUUGCAUACUUUCUGGAAAGCAUGCAAUAAGAUGGUGGCACCUUUGUUAACCUCAUGA